UGUUUACUUGACACGCAAAAUCUAGUUUGAUCGUCUUAAAGUAAUCUGUUAUGGGAUGUUCUAAGAUUGUGUGUGUUACUUAUCCAAACCAACUGUCCUACCUUUUGCACUUUUUUGGCCCUUCCCCUUUUCAUACAGUCAGUUUGAUCUUUUGCCGACUUUCCAAAUUACUUCUUGUUUUUAUUAGUAUUAUAUUAUAUUUUGUCACUUUAAUCUCUUCUUUCAGAUUAUUAUAGUUUUCAGCAAAAAAUUUAAAAAUCAAAAAAAGAAGGAAAAAAAAAAGAGAGAAAUACAAUAGGCAUAUACAUCUUUGGGUGCUUCUGGGAACUUACAAAAAUAUCUUGAUUUCCAUGUAAAGAUUCUGUUUUGAGCUUUUGGGUUUUGCUUAGUUUUCAGAAAUUUGAGAAAUACAAUAGGUAUUUUGUUUGAAGUAUAGUGCUUUUUUUGCUUGAUUUCUUUGUAAAGAAUCUGUUUUGAGCUUCUGGGUUGGUAGAAUUUUGUGUUUUGUCAAGUGGGUUUUGCUUAGUUUUCAGAAAUAUUGAUUGAUUUUGCAGAAAUUUGGAGUAAUUUGAGAAAUACAAUAGGCAUAUACAUCUUUUUGUGCUUCUGGAUACUUGAGAAAUCCCUUGAUUUCUAUGUAAAGAAUCUGUUUUGAGCUUCUGGGUUGGUAGAAUUUUAUGUUUUUUCAGAAACUUGAAGUAAUUGGAUCGAUGUCUUGAAAUUGGUUUCUGUUGAAUUAAUCGAUGUUAGAGAUUGGCUGAACAUCUUCUGGGUGGUUUGCGAGCUAUUGCACAAUUAGGAGGUUACCACAAAGUGCUCACUUGAAGAUCAGAGGCUGUGGCAAAGGUCGUCGGCCUCCCUAGGGGGUUCCUUGGGUGAACGUAUUUGAAGAAAUGAAGAGAGGAGGAAAGGGUGAAGAGAAACUAAUGGGACCUUUGUUUCCAAGGCUUCAUGUUAAUGAUACAGAAAAAGGAGGUCCAAGAGCACCUCCAAGGAAUAAAAUGGCCCUUUACGAGCAGCUCAGUAUUCCUUCUCAGCGAUUCAAACAUGGGAUUUCAAAUAAUCCCAAAAGUGCAAAUUAUCAGGGACCUGGACGUGAAAGAGAUGUAUCUUUCUCAGCACAACUUCCUCCAUCAAGACAUCCUGCUGAAAAGCCACAUUCCUGCAGUUCAAAUUCAAAAACUCCGUUGCUGCCAGUUGAUUCUAACAAGAAAGCAGAAGAGGAUGACUUCAGAGUUCCUGUCUUUGUUAAAUCCAAGGUGGGUCAAGGAAACAGAAAGUUCUAUAGUACUCUAGAUGGUAGAAAUCUCUCUGCCUCUACUACUGUACUUCCGAUGCAUUCUAGAACAGACUUGAAUGAACGUAACUCUAAACAGCUUGCCGUAAGCAGAGAGCGUUCAUGUAACUUUACCUCAAUUCCAUCAAUGGAUAAGCUAGAUGAUGUUCUGAAGGAAGCUGAUGUACGAUUGCAAUAUGAACCGAGAGAUGACCCCGGUAAUACUUCUGGCAUAUUUUGUAAGGCUGGUCUCCUACAACCAGAAUGCAGUGUUGAUUCUCAAGUUGGUGGCACCAUACUAGCUGAACCUGUUAUGAUUGUUGAUCAUGGUGAUUCUUCUCUUCUUGUGAAGGAUGUUUCAUCAAAAGAGCAGGUAAUUCCUAAUAAUAAGUAUAGUAAUGAUACGGAACCAAAGGAAGACAAGGCAUCUGAAUCAUUACAAACGAGAGUUGUGGACCAGGGUGACGACUUAUCCGAGACUUCCAUGGUGGAAUCUAUAUCUGGAAUGUACAUAUCUCCUGAUGAUGUCGUUGGAUUAAUAGGUCAAAAACAUUUCUGGAGUGCCAGAAAAGCUAUUGCCAACCAGCAAAGGGCGUUUGCGGUUCAAGUUUUUGAGUUGCAUCGUCUAAUAAAGGUACAACGACUCAUAGCUGGUUCACAAAGCGUGCUCGAUGAUGGUGCUUAUUUAGUCAAAUCUGUAAAGGAUUCAUCUACUAAAACACUUCCGUUGGAGCAUAUAUUCAGAGAUGGUCACAAUGUUUCGAAGAGGAAGGAUUCUGAGAAGCCUAACACUAGGAUCGAAUGUACUGCUGAAAACACGGUAGACAAACCAGUAAAGGAUUCAUCUGCGAAAAGACUUCCGCUGGAGUAUAUUAUUAGAGAUGGUAACAAUGUUCUGAAGCAGAGGAAGGAUUCUGAGAAGCCUAAUGUUAGUAUGGAAUGUUCUGCUGAAAACACAGUAGUAAAGGCGGCAUCCUUCUCAUCUGUGCAAAAUAAUAGCCAGCCUUCUAGCUACCGUCCGUUUUCAGGUCAUCCAAUAACAAAUGACUCCACUAUGGGUCCUUGGAGCUUCAAUCAACCCUCGGGGCACCAAUGGUUGAUCCCAGUCAUGACUCCUUCUGAAGGACUCGUAUACAAGCCAUAUCCUGGACCCGGAGUGACGAGUUCAGUCUAUGGAGGUUCUGGAACUGCAGGAUUGACUUCAUCUUAUGGAAUUCCAGCUUCUUAUCAUCUGUAUCAAGGAGUCGAGAUGCCUUUUGCCCCUCCAGCUAGUCACGCCUAUUUUCCUCCGUAUGGCAUGCCAGUUAUAAAUCCAGCAAUCUCUUCUUCACUUGUUGAUCAAUCAAACCAGUUUGUUGCUCAAAAUUUACAAAGUCAGUUAUUGGAAGGAGGAGCUAAUUUUUAUGUUCAACGUCAAAACUCGAGUAAUGUUCCAAACAGUAAUCAUGAAACUGUCCCAGAUGUAAAGUCUCAUUCCUCUCGAGAUGUAGAGAUGCAGGCCAGCACCGCAAGCAGUCCAAGUGGAACAACUAUUAGAAAAGUUGUGGAUAACGCCACGGAAAGAAGAAGUGUGCUUCCUCUGUUCCCAACUUCUCCUCCAGAGACUCCGGAUACUCCAGUUACUGGCCCCCAACCUUGUGUUCCUGUUAACCCUGCUAGAGUCAUCAAAGUUGUACCUCGUAAUGCACGGUCAGCCACAGAAUCUGCCGCUCGAAUUUUUCAGUCUAUACAAGAAGAGAGAAAACAGUAUGACUCUGGUUUUACUCAUUUAUAGGCAGUAGUAGUAGCUCUUCUUGUAUUAAUGAUCAAUUUUUUGUAACUUUUUAGAUAACAAUUUUGUAAGUGGAAUUUGAUGUGUUGAGUGAGUCAUUUUGUAAAUAACAUGCUUGAAGAUUACCUUAUAAUUAUAUAACACACACCUAUCCUCUUCAUGUUUCA